AUGUACGAGGCAGCAGCAGUUUUCCAUCGUCCUCCUCAUGUCCUACCACCAGAAAGUGGCACUCUUAUUCAAUACGUUGCAGAUAAUGCUGAUAUUAAUGUAAAUACGCUAGACGACAAUAACACGCUCCACAUAAUGGGUAUUAUUCAAAUUGUUACUCCAAAACAUUCAGUUUUACUAGAAGAACCUAUGCCACGAAUAAAAGAAACUCUUUCAGCAAAUGAUUUCAAGGCAAAAGCUCAUGUGCCGAUACAGACUUAUACAAAUGACGGUGUAGUAGGCUACAGUAAAAUAAAUUUUAAAGAUUUUGUUUAUGGAACUAAAACAGUAUCAUUUCUCAAAAAAGCUGAUGUAAUAUGGUUUUAUGGAAAAUGGGAAAAUGAGUCUUUACCCGGUUGGAAUGGUUUUAUUGAACGUUUAACAAAUAAUCAUACGAAUUAUUCUAAAUCUCAAAUUUCAUUUUUACCAUUUAUUUACCAACCAGCCAGUAACUAUAAUACUAUCUAUACGACUUUACUUUGUGCAUUAGAGAAUGCAAAACGGUAUGGCCACACUGUAUGCAUCGUGACUUUCGACCAGCCCCUGUAUGCUCGAGAAAUUGUAUCAGCCGCACCUGAGGGCUCUGAAUUAUCAAAAAUCAUCAUCAGACUUGGAGGAUUUCAUUUACUGAUGUCUUUUAUGGGAGCAAUUGGUCAUAUUAUGCAAGGAAGCGGCAUGAAAGAAGUACUAGCAGAGAUCUAUGCGUCAAAAUCAUUAGAAAAAAUGUUCAAUGGUCAUGCUUACGCAAGAGCUGUUCGAGCUCAUACACUACUUCAGCUUACUUUGGCAAUUGUAAUAUUAAAAGAAGUUGAAAUGAAUAACAUAAUGGAUGCAGAUCUAAUCAUAAAUAUCGAGCAUAUAUUAGAAUAUGAGGAACGAGGACCAACUGCAAAACUUUGGAUUCAAUAUUUUUGUAUGGUUUCCAUUGCUAAAGAAUUCCUAAGAGCUGAGCGUAUGGGGGAUUGGAAAGCUCAUUUAAACUGCGUCAAAGAAAUGCUUCCUUAUUUUCACGCGUCUGGACAUUUUCCUUAUGCUAAAUCUACACACCUUUACUUGCAGGAUAUGAAACAAUUACAGAAUUUGAUGGAUCCUGAAGUUUACAAAAAGUUUUCAGGAGGAUUUUUUACAGUUAGACGUUCAGGCAAAUUAAGUUGUGGAACUUCAACGGACAUGGUAAUCGAGCAGUCUAUGAUGAAAGCUAUGAAGACAGAUGGAGGUAUUGCUCGAGGGAGAAGUACAAAAGAGAGCGUCAUCAGUAAAUGGGUUUAUAGUAUGCAUGCUAUGAAUACAGUUUGUGACAAAUUAGAAGAUAUCGCAAAUGUUAGGAUGGAUACGACCGAGCAGCAUGUUGAUGCAAGUGAUUUACGAGUAAAAAAGAUGCUAGAGACAUACGAAGACUUUUAG